CCAAAGCGAGUAAAAUGGCAUAGAGGAAAUAGAGUUCUAUUUAUCGACCUGACCUAGUUAUAGGACUUUUAAAGGACCUAUAUAUUUCUAGUUAUUGGACUAAUGAUGGAAAGGGGGAUCGAUGAAUUAAAUCAUGGGUUGUGAUUAUUUUUCAACAUGCUUAUAGGAAUAUUAUUGAAGCUCCGAUUGAAGUCUCACACCUCUGCCUGCUGAAUGGUGAUGUAUGCAUAUAAUGGAAACAACGAAUACUGAAAAACCUCCCACAAGCAUCGAAACCCAAGAGGGAACUAAAAAGAAGGGUCGGAAGAGGGAAAAAUAUAUUCCGUCUUCUGAACCACUAGAGCUACCGUUCUGUCGCAUCUGUGGUAAGAGAGCGUCGGGGAUUCACUUUGGAGUAUACAGUUGUGAGGCGUGCAAGGCAUUCUUUCGGCGAUGUCUUCAGCGAACUACUCCAUAUAAAUGUGACAAAGGGGGAGACUGUGUAAUAGACGAACAACAGAAAGGCCUCAACUGCUCAGCAUGUCGCCUCAAAAAGUGUCUGGAUCUUGGCAUGUCAAAAGAGGGUAUUCGUCAAGGACGUUAUACAGUGGCAGAAAGAACAAACGUCAUAAUGGAAGUGAAGAAACUGCAGGAAAAUGGUGUUUUACAGCAUAAAAACAGGCAGAACAAUUUAUCUUCAGUUUCAAGUAACAGACAUCCGGUUCUCUCGGAACACACAUAUGCUUCAGAUUCUUCCCUUCACUUUUCUCCGGAUGUUGCCCGAAGUGAUGAGGUUUUUACUCCGCCAAAUUGCUCUUCCUCGAUCCCGCCAGGUUCCAGCCCAUCCCCCUCUUGUUCGUCCAUUUAUUCAAACUGUUCUGUCGUUGUUGAUGGUACUGCUUGUGUUAUUGAUUUUACCGAGGAGGUAAGCAGGCAUGCCAUCACACAGACCCCAAUCGAACAAACGUUGUUUUGUGGAUCGGCGCCCGUAUCUGGUCAGCAGGAGGCAAAGCGGAUCAUGGAAAAUAUCAUGGUUGGAUACGGCGCACUUAAACCAUUUGAGACGACGCUGAAUGAUCAGGAACUGGAAGAAUUGUUCGAAGAAGGAUAUAAAAAAUAUAAAGAGAAGACUCGACUUUUUGGAGACAUGAAUUUCUUGCCAGCGGAUGAAUACACCGAGAUCUACGAGAAAACAAAUAUGGACGUUGAUGGGCGGCUGAAAAUACUCCAAGAUGGCCGCCGUGAUAUGGUCCGGAUUGUCAGGGAAUAUGUACAGUUUACGCAAGGAGUUCCGGACUUCCGGGCUUUAUCUCCAAAAGACCAGGCCACGCUUUUAAAAGCUUCCCGUUUUGAGUUUUUCGUCAUUCUGCAGUACCGGUCUAUUGAUUUUGAGCGGGAAAUUAUAGUAACAUACACUGGACAGGCCCGCCAUUUUAGUGAAAUCUGUGUUUAUACGCCAAUAGAGGUCUUCAGGAAUUGGUUCGAAUUCAUGAAAAAAGUGAAAGAAUUAAACUUUACCCCCGAGGAGCAUGCGCUGGUUCUCGCUAUAUCUUUAACAUUCCGAGACCGAUGUUCUCUAGAAGAACCUGACAAAGUAGAGAAAAUUCAGACUACGUUGAUAGAGACUCUCGGAAAUCUAUUGGAGGAAACCCAUGGAAAUUCCGGAGGCAGGCGCCUUGCCAAAAUAAUGGACUUGUUUAUCCGUCUUAGGGCUCUAGGAGAAGAGUACCUCCAGCUGUAUAAAAACUUGUGUAAAGACAAAUUCCUGAUAAAGGUUAUUCCGGAAAUGCUUCAGUUUUUGUUUGAUGAAUAGUGCUAAGAAGUUGCACUGUUUGAUAUACUUUUAUUUACGAUGUAGCAUAUUUGAACGUUCUUAAUUUGUACGUACACAGUUGAUAAAUAAGUAAACCAUUCCAUACCAUUUA